ACAAGAAAGACAUCGUGGACAAAACAGGACACCCCCCUAUAAUUUAGUCACAAUAUUAUAGUUAGUUAAAUGGUCUGAUUGUUCAAAUAUGUAUUUUCUUUGAUUGUUGUAAAAUAAUGUGUGCCCCAGUCUCCAAAAAUGACAUAGUGCAGGAAGGGUAGUUAUUCCUCCGUUACACCACAAGAGGGAGUAUCCCCUAAAACAAGCAGCUCUAGCGGGAGUAAAUAAGCCCAGCCACUAACCAUAAGGCAGUGCGCCUAUAAGAGUUGUGUGAGAGUGCAAAAGUGUGUAACGUUGUGCUAUGUCUACAUAUAUGUUUGCAGGUAAGCAGAUACAAGAUGGUAAAUAACUUAAAAUGUAUCUACAGAUGAGUCCACUGGGUUGCAGAGAAUGUGGGAAAGUUGGCCGUUAAUCCCCAUUAUGUGUCAUUAGUAUAUAAGUUAUUGGUAGCGAUGUGAAUUAGCCGUGGCGCUAACGAUUAGCAGCUAGAGAUAAUUCAUUAGUUUGUACGGAAACCUCGUGGCGCUUUUGUGGAUUUAUACCUGCACCGAGCUGUAAUCACAGCAGAUAUAGCCUGGUGGAUCACACUAUCUUUUGUUUAUGUUUAUUUCAUUGUUGUACUGUAAGAAAUAUUAGAGAUUUGAGUUUAAGGACUAACCAUAAGGCAGUGCGCCUAUAAGAGUUGUGUGAGAGUGCAAAAGUGUGUAACGUUGUGCUAUGUCUACAUAUAUGUUUGCAGAUGUUUGCAGAUACAGUAAAGGCGAACUCACAAAGCCACACUGGUUUCAAUUCAUUUUAAUCCAAGUGUGCAACAAAAUUUGGUGGCAGCGGUGGGAUCAGCGGUGCUACUAAGAAGCAGUGUGAGAUUACAGAGUCAUGACACACAGUAUGGAGUUGGAGCAACUGCAAGACCAGCUAAGUGAGAGCUUGCUGCAGUUAAGGUCGGACCAACUACAAGAAGUGUGUUUACAAGCUAAAAUCUCAAUCGGGAAACAGACAAAGAAGCACACGCUGAUCAGAACAAUAAGUGAAGCAGUUGAAACAAUUAUUGAAGUGGAGGAAGAGGAAGUAGCGCACACAUUCCUGGACAGAUUAAUUAAAACUGUUAAAGAACUAAAGGGAAGAGAUGACCCUGCACAGGAACGUGAAGAUAGUAUCAGUAGGGAUUUGGUUGCAUUGGCCAGUCUACAAGAACAAUAUGCAGCAUUGCAACUAAGUUUUCAAACCUCGACAAAAAGGUUAGAGGAAGAAAUGGCAAGACUGACAGACAGAAUGGCCUCCCAAGAAACUAGUCAGGGUCUGGCUACUCAGUUACCUACUCUUCCAUCACCGUUACCUGCUUCACCAGCAACACAGCCCCCUGAAGUGACGAUACGCAGGGAAUUUAGAAUCAGUGGCCAAAUUGGGGAACGGGGUCAGAAAGACAAACUGUCAUACUCCAACCUGAUUCAUCAAAUCGAAAUGGGACUUAAAAAGAAUCACAGCGAAGCUGAAAUUAUUGAAGCUGUUGUUAGGGCCAUAAGCCCAGGCCUAAGUCUCCGUGAUAUGUUGGAGAUUAAAACAGACCUCACCCUCAUGCAGCUUCGUACCAUACUGAGGGGACACUACAAGGAGGAUAGCUCUACUGACCUCUAUCAUCGACUGAUAAAUAUCACUCAAGGAAGUAAUGAGUCCCCACAGAACUUUCUAUUUAGGGCAAUAGAGCUGAAAGAAAGACUCCUAGCAUCAUCAAGGGAGCCAGGGACAGAUGAACAAUACAGUGUUGAACUGAUUCAGAAAAAGUUUCUGCGAGCCGUGGGCACAGGUCUGAUCAGCGACAAUGUGAAAUACCAGAUCAAACCCUACCUGGAUGAUCCAGCAGUCACUGACGAUGUGCUGAUUGCAAAGACAAAUGAAGCGGCCAGCCUUGAGUGGGAGAGGCAACAAAAAUUCAGAAAGACCACCCGAGAAAUGAAAGUAAGAGAGAUAAAAGCAGAGGCACAGUCAGUGCAGGAGGCAGCAGUUGGUGCAGUGGGUGGGCAAGACCAGCCAUUCUCCACCUCGACAAAAGGUAAAGCUGCUAAAGCCCCAGCAACAGUGACUCGCAAGGAAACUGAGCUGUUUGAAAUCAUCAAUCAACUAAAAGGGGAAAUAGCUGAAAUAAAAGGAGCUAUUCGUGAGUCGCACCGACCUUCUCCCUCACACCGCCCAAGCCUCAAACGUGGCUGCAGGGAUUGUCAGGACAGCAAUAGAGGAGAAAACUGCGACCACUGCUUCAAAUGUGGACAAAGUGGACAUUUGUCAAGGGGAUGCCGCACCCAGAGAAAACUUUCAGACAGGGCAGAGCAGAUUGGUAUGUCAGCUAGCACGGUGAACCCACUCCCAUCACCCUCUUUUCAGCCACUAAACCAAGGUGAGCAACAACAAGAUGUUCACAAACUCUUGACAGACAGUAUAAAACAUUUGGAGACAAAAUUAGCAGCCGCCACACAAGAUAAGAGGAAUGAAGCCGUUUCCGUCAACCUCCUCUCCCCAAGGCGAAGAGCCCAGCUCCUCAAUCUUAUUGGGAGGAAGCACAUGAUCACCUGCCUGCUUGAGGGAGUAAAAACCACAGCAUUGUGGGACACAGGAUCACAGGUUUGUCUCAUAAAUGAAAAAUGGAGACAACAGAACAUCCCACACCUCAAAGUUAGGAGUUUAACUGAAAUCAUUGGGCCUGGUAUAUUAGAUGGGAGGGCAGUAAAUCAGACACCAAUCCCAUUUUCUGGGUGGGUUGAAAUCAAAUUCGGGUUGCCCACAGAAGAGGCUGCGCAGUUAGAGCUUCUCGUGCCAGUAUUAGUAGCUCAGGAAGAUGGGGUGGCGGAGGAGCCAAUAAUUGGCUUCAACGUGAUUGAACACAUGCUAGAGAGGGGAAUAGAGCCACCUCGUGCUGUAACAGAAGCUGUUAGCACAGCAUUCUCCAUUGACUGUAAGAAAGCUGAGGUCUUUAUAAAGGUGAUGAAGAGUGGAGACGAUGGGCUAGGUGAGGGCAGAGUGAAGACUGGGAGAGAAUUGAUGAGCAUCCCACCUGGUCAGACAAGAGUUGUCAAGUGUAGUGUGAGAGCAGGUCCACUCCCAGCAGGUCAGGAUGUCCUGUUCGAGCCUAGUCCCUAUCCACAGAUGCCAGAAGGGUUGGAGGUGCAAGAGAGCGUUGUCCAUUUACAGCAGGGCAGCUGGUCCCGUAUUAGCCUCCCAGUCACUAAUACCAAAGCUUAUGAGAUCAUACUGCCUCCGAGAACUGUUUUGGGACAAACUCAGAGGGUCCGAACUAUUUACCCAGCUAACACAGUGGCAGUGGAAAUAGAACAGUUGGAAACAACAAGACCUACGGUAGAAACAACAGCUGCACCUCCAGCUAGCCAAAUGGGGGAACAGGAAAACAGAACAACAAGCAACAGUGAAGGUGUAUGGGACCCCCCAGUUCCCCUUGACCACCUCUCUCCGGCACAGCAGCUGAAGAUCAGACAGCUAUUAAGGGAGGAGAGUAAUGCCUUUGCUCGUGAUGAACAGGAUGUUGGCAAUAUUCCCUCACUGCAGCUUAAGAUCCGCCUCAGUGACCCCACACCUGUUCGCCGAACGUAUACAUCAGUGCCUAAGCCACUUCAUAAAGAAGUGAAAGAAUAUCUGGAAGACUUGCUGAAUAGAGGGUGGAUAAAGAAAUCAAAAUCCUCCUACUCCAGCCCCAUCGUGUGUGUGCGGAAAAAAGAUGGCAGCCUCCGCUUGUGCUGUGACUAUAGGGAGCUAAAUAUGAAGUCAAUCCCUGACCGCCAUCCCAUACCACGCAUACAAGAUAUGCUCAACACAUUGAAAGGAAGCUCCUGGUUCUCGGUCUUAGACCAAGGGAAGGCUUAUCACCAGGGCUUCCUGGAAGAGUCAAGUCGCCCUCUUACUGCAUUCAUCACACCAUGGGGAUUGUAUGAAUGGGUAAGAAUCCCUUUUGGGUUGUCAUCUGCACCGGCAGAGUUUCAGAGGUCGAUGGAAGAAUGCCUUGCAGGGCUGCGGGAUGACAUAUGUCUGCCUUACUUGGAUGACAACCUUGUUCAUUCAAAAACAUUUGAGGACCACUUAAAUGAUCUAAAGCAGGUCCUGCAGCGUUAUCAGAGCCAUGGAGUGAAAUUAACACCCAGGAAAUGUGAACUGUUCAAAAAUCAGGUGAGAUUCCUGGGGAGGUUGGUAACUCAAGAUGGUCACACCAUGGACCCCGCCGACAUUGCUCCUGUCCAGGCCUUAAAACAAAGGAACCCCACCACCAUUGGGGAAGUGAGGAAGCUGUUGGGAUUCAUCUCAUACUAUCGCAACUAUAUUCCUAACUUUUCACGCAUUGCAAAGCCACUCUAUGACCUGCUCUCCUCAGAAAAGCCAGGGGAAGGGAGAGACAGGAAGUCAAAACACAACAAAAAGACAAAGAAUCAAGGGGGUCAGCUACCAUCCUCUCACCCAGUGGCAUGGUCAGCUGAGCAUCAUCAGGUGGUCUGUCAGCUAGUCAAUUUCCUCAUUCAGCCCCCAAUUUUAGGUUAUCCCGACUUCGAGCAACCAUUCAUCUUACAUUGUGACGCAUCGCAGGAGGGACUUGGAGCGGUGCUUUACCAAAGACAAAAUGGGAAGCUAGCGGUUAUUGCAUAUGGGUCUAGGACCCUUACUGCCCCAGAGAAGAACUACCACCUCCAUUCAGGGAAGUUGGAGUUUCUUGCCCUGAAGUGGGCCAUAUGUGAGAGGUUUAGAGAUUAUCUCUACUAUUCACCACCCUUCAUUGUCUACACUGACAAUAACCCCCUCACAUAUGUGCUGACAACGGCAAAACUGAAUGCAACCACACACAGAUGGGUAGCUGAACUCGCUGACUUCCAGUUCUCCAUCAAGUAUCGACCUGGCAGAGCUAACAGAGAUGCAGAUGGUCUCUCACGAAUGCCCUUAGAUAUGGAACACUACAUGCAAACUUGUACAGAAGCAGUGACACCUGAGAUCCUAAACAGCGUGACUCAGGCUCUGGCUGUUCAGCUGCAGGGAAGUGAACCCUGGCUCUGCCCGUUAAACAUCUCAACUGUGGUAGCAGAGCAAAGUGAGGAGGUAGGGAUGUCAGGUCUGGAAAUCCCUAAGGCAAACCUGAGAGAUGCACAAAAAGAGGAUCCUGUAAUCGGGGAAGUCCUUAAGUAUGUCAUCUCUAGUCGGUGGCCAAAGGGCAGAAAACAGGCAUGCAACAAGGAGAUCGCUGCCCUGGCAAGGGAAAAACAGAAACUCCACCUUGAUGAGGAUGGUUUACUGUACAGGAAAACACUCAGCCGAACACAGCUACUCCUGCCUAAGAAGUUCCAUUCGCUCGUUUAUAAAGAACUACAUGAAGACAUGGGUCACUUGGGGGUGGAGAGAGUUUUGGCCCUCAUUCGGGAUCGCUUUUACUGGCCUCACAUGCAGAAGGACGUGGAGCACUACAUAACACAGGUGUGUAGCUGUCUAAAAAACAAGCGUCCCAACAAGCCAACCAGAGCUCCCCUGAUCAAUAUCACUACAACGUACCCGUUUGAGCUGGUCUCCAUUGAUUUUUUGCAUUUGGAGAAAUGUAAGGGAGGGUAUGAGUAUAUCCUCGUGGCCAUGGACCACUUUACACGAUUUGCUCAGGCUUAUCCCUGCAGAGAUAAAAGUGCCAAAACAGCGGCAGAGAAAAUAUUUGGAGACUUCGUCUUGAAGUUUGGUUUUCCCACACGGCUCCAUCAUGACCAGGGAAGAGAAUUCGAAAACAAACUCUUCGCCAAGCUGGAAGAAUACAGUGGAGUCAAGGGAUCCAGAACCACACCAUACCACCCCCAGGGAAACGGCCAGGUAGAAAGGUUCAAUAGGACACUGCUGGCCAUGCUUCGGAACCUCCCAGAGGGAGCAAAAGCAGAUUGGAAGGCAUCCCUGGCAAAAGUGGUCCAUGCAUACAACUGUACGCGCAGCGAGGCCACUGGAUAUGCCCCUUAUUUCCUCUUGUUUGGGAGGAAUCCCAGACUCCCUAUUGAUAUGAUUUUUGGUCUCACAGCUAAUGAUCAAAGCCCUUCUCAUCAAGACUAUGCCGAGAAGUGGAAGAUUCGCAUGAAAGACGCUUACAAACUGGCCUCAGCUACAGCCUGUAAGGAGAGUCGACGAGGGAAAGUGCUCUAUGACAGAAAAAUACACGGUGCAGAGCUGUACCCAGGGUGCAGAGUACUGGUCCGGAAUUUUGGUGAGAAGGGAGGACCAGGGAAACUGAGAUCCUUCUGGGAGGACCAAGUGUUUCAGGUGACACAAAGGAAACACAAGGAUAGCCCAGUAUAUGAGAUUAAGCCAGAAAAUGGCAAGGGACGUGUCAGAGUCGUCCACAGGAACCUUCUGCUGCCGUGUGACUUCUUGCCAGUCGAAAAAGUCAACUCACAUGCAGAGCUGAGAAAGCAAACACAGAAAAACAACAACAAGGACAGACAUGAGCGGCAUGAGCACGAGCACAGUUCGGAGGAUGAAGAUGAAUGGAGAGCAAUCAGAGGACUGUCGACAGAACAAGGGGAACGUGGUAGACAGCCCUGGUGGACAGAAGCAUCAGAGUACAAUGCAGAGAGUGGAGCCAUCAGGAGGGAGGAUCUCUGUGAUGACAAUGACAUGGAACACCAGGAGGACUGCGGAGAAGAGAAUCUGGGCUUGGACAAUAUAGAACACCAAAACAACCAGUAUGAUGAGGAUACAGAGGCACAAGAGAACAAUAAAGACACAGAGCAGACGCACCAGCUUGAGAUGGAGUGCAGUGACCAAGAGGACACUGACCAGUCACCUGUCAGUGUGAAAAAAUACCCGUGAUAUGGAUGGAAAAAGCAGUGGACUGUUAUCGUGCACAAUAACACCUGCUGCGACAUAUGACAGGAAGGGGAGAUACAUGUCAUGUGUUUCACUGUGGCUAGCAGUGAUGCUGAACUCUGACUCCUAAAGAGAUGUAGCCUUCUACAAGCAAUGUAUAGUUGCCACAUAAGGACUGAUAUUGGUAGAAUGUCGGGACGCCAUUAACUUUUUGAGGGGAGAGUGUAAGGACAAGAAAGACAUCGUGGACAAAACAGGACACCCCCCUAUAAUUUAGUCACAAUAUUAUAGUUAGUUAAAUGGUCUGAUUGUUCAAAUAUGUAUUUUCUUUGAUUGUUGUAAAAUAAUGUGUGCCCCAGUCUCCAAAAAUGACAUAGUGCAGGAAGGGUAGUUAUUCCUCCGUUACACCACAAGAGGGAGUAUCCCCUAAAACAAGCAGCUCUAGCGGGAGUAAAUAAGCCCAGCCACUAACCAUAAGGCAGUGCGCCUAUAAGAGUUGUGUGAGAGUGCAAAAGUGUGUAACGUUGUGCUAUGUCUACAUAUAUGUUUGCAGGUAAGCAGAUACAAGAUGGUAAAUAACUUAAAAUGUAUCUACAGAUGAGUCCACUGGGUUGCAGAGAAUGUGGGAAAGUUGGCCGUUAAUCCCCAUUAUGUGUCAUUAGUAUAUAAGUUAUUGGUAGCGAUGUGAAUUAGCCGUGGCGCUAACGAUUAGCAGCUAGAGAUAAUUCAUUAGUUUGUACGGAAACCUCGUGGCGCUUUUGUGGAUUUAUACCUGCACCGAGCUGUAAUCACAGCAGAUAUAGCCUGGUGGAUCACACUAUCUUUUGUUUAUGUUUAUUUCAUUGUUGUACUGUAAGAAAUAUUAGAGAUUUGAGUUUAAGGACUAACCAUAAGGCAGUGCGCCUAUAAGAGUUGUGUGAGAGUGCAAAAGUGUGUAACGUUGUGCUAUGUCUACAUAUAUGUUUGCAGAUGUUUGCAGAUACAGUAAAGGCGAACUCACAAAGCCA